AUGUCGGAGGACAAUGCACGUAAGCGACCGCGUCAACCCACGUCCGAUCCGCGAUAUCCCAGGAAGAGGAGUCUCAAGGCGUGUCAUGUAUGCAGAGCGCGUAAGACAAAGUGCGAUAACGUGCAGCCGACAUGUGGGUUCUGUGCGUCGUUGAAUAUCUCGUGUUCGUAUGAUAAUACUGAGAAGGACCAUUCUACAUUUGACCCUGCGAGUCUUGAGAUUUUGAGACAGCUCGGACAGAUCAUUACUUCGCAGGAUGAAUUGGCGCAGACUGUGCGAUCAAUUGCUGCAGCUCAGUCGCAUGCCGGCCUAGGUGCCGCACAGAAUGUUCAUGUCGCGGACGGUUUGAACUGGGAUGCGAAUCUUCAGACACAACAGCUACCCUACUACGACUGGUCUGGAGGACAAUCUGACUCCAACUCGACAACCCCAGCAGCAUCAGCCAGUGUCGCUGCAGUUCGAUGGUUCGGCAUCCUUGCAAACGAUGCAUCGAAUGAAGCCUUCCCGGACUCUGAUGCACCGUUGGGCCUUGACGGCGAGCUACUCGAUACAUCACCAGAUGGUCAAACAGAUAGCGACAUCACCCCAUUGCAGAAAGCAACAAGGAUCAUCGAUACUCAACCACCGACUCGGGAUGCAGUCCACAAUCAUGCAGCGAAUAGUUCCGAAGAAAGCUUAUGGCAGGCCUCGGAGAGUAUAUCACUUCUCGAUCGAGAACAAACCUUGUUUCAGAACUUCCUGCAUCGUAUAUGUUCAUGGCUUGACUUGUUUGACCCAGCUCGGACAUUUUCUACACGAGUUCCCCAUUUAGCAGUCCGCAACGCAGGUCUUCUUAACGCCAUUCUCGCAUUAUCAUGCUACCACCAAUCCCUCGACGAAACAAUCCUUCCCAAUCAACGUCCAUCUCAAAACACUGCUCUGCAGUACUACUACCAAACAUUGCACUACGUUCAGAAAGCGAUGCGAUAUUCGACGUAUCAGAAUAGUCAGGAACUAAUGGCUACGACGCUUAUGGUCUCAACGUAUGAGAUGCUACGAGGGUCACGCAAAGAUUGGCAACAACAUCUCCAAGGUGUCUUCUGGAUCUUGAGAUCUCGCCAGAUUGAGGUUGAGACAUCGAGUCUUGAAAGCACGACGUGGUGGGCUUGGCUACGACAGGAUAUCUGGGUUGCUUUUCGAGAGAAGAGGAGAACACAUAGUACAUGGAUGCCCAAGAAGGGAUACGCAGAUCUAGAUAGCCAUGAGUUAGCCUCUCGUGCGGUAUGGAUAAUGGCGCAGGUGAUCAACUUUUGCGCAGUCGAUUCGUCCGCUGAGGUAGAAGGGUUGACGGGGAGGAUUGGGUGGGCAAAGGCGCUGCGGAAGAUGUUAGAUGAGUGGCGGUCUCAUUUGACGGUUGAGUUCUCAGCAUUGCCUACCAUGGGAAAUCGGGAAAGUGAAGUGUUUCAGCCACAUUUGAUACAUCCUCAAUGUUUUGGUCUCGCUGUACAGCUUCACCAUUGCUCGCGCAUUCUCAUUACAGCACACGAACCCCACUUAGACGGUAUCCAAGGCCUCCUCAAGCGCCAGAAGGAGAUCCAAGAGAGUAUAAAAAUGGUCUGUGGUAUUGGAAUGACACUCACGGAGGAUGCGUCAAGCAUGUUAUCGUCACAAUGUCUCUUCAUAGCCGGAAUGUUCAUGCAGAAUCCCCGAGAACGAGAGUGUGUAGUAGAAAUGCUGGAUACAUGUCAGAAGAGAUGCGGUUGGCCUACACCUUCGUUAAGAACAGAACUGGAACAGAUUUGGGAAAAUCCAGAUGCGCUUUGGGAUGGUCAGCAACGGUGA